CUUAAUAUUUGAUAGAACUUCGGAAAUGGCGACGAAAUGUGGUUUUUGUGGAGAAAAUGCUGUCGUUUCCGAGUCCGAUGGAUCGUCUGUGUCGAUGCGAGUUUGUCAAGAAUGUGGGUCUAUUGACCAGGAAAACUUCAUUGUGGAAGAAACAUCAUUUACCAGGCAAUGCGACAAUACUUCUGCCCACGAAUUUAAACAGAGUUUGUCCAGAACCGCCCGAAAUGCUCUCUCAAUAACAACACCACAGGGACUAAAAUCGGGCAAAAAUCGAAUAAGGGUAAUUGGACAGACUUUCAAGAUGGGCGCUCCUGUGAUUGAUGAAGCAUUAAAUUUGUACGAAAGACUUUUUAAACACCCGGACAUUAUUAACAAGACUAUAUCUAACAAAUUGCUUUUAGCAGCUGCAUGCAUGUAUAUUAUGAUGCGUCAGAAUAAUAUUCCAGUGUCAAUCAGAUGGUUUUGCAAGGUUUCAGACAUAUCUGUGAAUGAUUUCUCAAGUAAUUUUCUCCUUGUUCUGAAAGCAAUGGAAAUCACUCUAAUGCACCCCAGCAUAGGGUCCAGAAUUGCUGAUGUGUUGGCACCUGCAAAGUUAAGUUCCAAGACUGUCAAUUUAACCCGUGAAGUUAUUCAGCUUUGUGAAAAGGUAUGGAUUGUGAGUGGUCGCUCGCAUUCACCAAUCAUUGUUGCUGCUUCUCACAUAGCUUGGUAUUCUUUAAGUGAACAUAUGGGAAGAAAAUCAUCACUUCGUGAUUAUUGCAGGGACUUUGGAUUCUCUUUUUCAGGAUCAAUUGCAGAUCGAAGCAAAGAAAUUCAUGACACCAUCUUUGAACUUGGAAAAAUUCUACCAUGGGUCACAAGACAUUACAAGGAUAAGAAGUUAUUCAUUCGGAAAUAUCUUCCUGAAAUAAUUAAAUACAGGGAAAGCUUACUACAUAAGCAUAAAAUAGAGGUGAAAGAAAAGUGUGUAGAAGUGAUCAAUGUGAAGUCUGAAAAAAAUCCAUCAGAAAUAGUUGAAGGUAAGGUGGAAGAAAGUUCCAAAGCAUCAAACAUUGAAAAUGAGACCAAACAUAAUCACACGUCUCAAACUUCUUCAAAAGAAACAAACAGUUGUGAUUUUGAACUUAAAAAUGUUGAAAUUAAGAAAAAUCAACAAAGUCCAUCUCAAAAUGAUGGGAAGAAUGUUUCAAUAGAAUGGGAUAAUAAAUGUACGAAAAAUUCAGGCACUUUUGCUGCAGUUCAUGAAGUUGUUUAUGAAAGUGAUUCAAAUCUUCGGAAAAAUUUAUUCAUUCCUCCUAUCUUGAAAAAGCCACGGAAGAGAAUUUAUUAUGAAGCUAUGGGAGAUUGUGAGGGACUUGAUUCAGAUGAUGAGUUGACAGAAUUACAGGAAAAAGACGUUGAUAAAUAUAUUAGAUCAAAUGAUGAAAUAAACAUGAUAAGGCAGGUGAAACUAUAUAAACCUGAUCAAGAGGAAGCUAAAGUUGAAUUAGGUCCAACUGGAAAAUAGAUUUUUCCAUUGAUAAUCAUUGUAUUCUUUUAUUAACCAAAAUGUACUUCCAUGCCUGUUGGUGCCUAAUCGCUGUCAUAUUUCAAGUGGAAUGAGUGAGCUCCUCCUUCUGUACCUAUGACUGUUAAUAUUUACAAACAUAUCAUUUCUGCAGUUCUUUUGCCUAAGGGAGCUUUGCAAGAGUCAUGUCUAUUCAUGUCAGAGAUCCAAUUUGCAUAUAUAUAUAUAUAUAUAUACAUGAAUUUAAACCACUGCUUUUCAACAUAGCAUAAAUUCUUCGUGGCUUUUGCCAUUAAUCCUCUUUUUCCAUUUUUCAUCAUAUGCUGGUCUUCGUCAUGUGAAUAAUGGGUAAAAGGAAAAUAGUGAACAUAUGAAAUUUAAAA